AUGGCCCUCCAGCUUCCUCCGCUCCCGCUGCCAGAAGGCGUGACCUCCAGACAGAUCGACACGGCGCCGCUCGGAAUAUCAUUCCAUAUACUCGAGGCAGGGCACUCGGCUGCACACGACCGGCCGCUGAUACUGCUGCUUCACGGCUUCCCGGAGCUGGCUUACUCGUGGCGCAAGGUGAUGCCGCUACUGGCGUCCGGAGGGUACUAUGUGGUUGCGCCGGACCAGCGAGGCUUCGGGCGGACGACGGGCUGGGACACGCGAGACUAUGACAACGUCGACCUAAGAGACUUUGCCGUGACGAACCUCGUGCGGGACAUGGUGGUGCUGGUGCAUGCGCUGGGGUAUAAGAGCGUCGAGUGCAUUGUCGGACACGACUUCGGGGCCGUGGUGGCCGGGUACAGCGCUCUCGCCAGACCCGAUUUCUUCAAGCGCGUGGCCUUCAUGAACCAUCCGUUUGUCGGCGCGCGAGAGCUCUCGGGAGAGGUCGAGGGCGGCGGUGACGACGAUCAUAUACACCGGGAGCUGGCUGCGUUGAACAGGAAACAUUACAAGUGGUACUACUCUACGCGGCAGGCGAACGGUGAUAUGGUGCGGCCGGCCCAGGGCUUGCAUGAGUUCCUGCGCGGAUACUUCUACCUCAAGAGCGCUACCUGGUUGCUCAACAAGCCGGUUGAGCUUCAGGCCUGGACGGCCGCGGAGCUCGCGAAGAUGCCGGAUUACUACGUCAUGCCCCUGUAUGCCUCCAUGCCGGAAGCCGUGGCCUUCAGCGUGGCUCUGGAUACGCCGCUGCCCGUGCAGGAGUCGCGGAGCUGGCUGCCGGACGAGGAGCUGGCAGUGUACGUCGACGAGUUUGGGCGUACGGGCUUCCAGGGCGGGCUGAACUGGUACCGCGUGGCCACGAGCUCCUGUCCCGACUUCAAACGAGACCUGGACAUCUUUGCUGGCCGGAAGAUCGACUGUCCGUGUCUGUAUAUUGGCGGCGCAAGGGACUGGGGCACGUACCAGGUACCUGGCGCGAUCGAGAAGCUGGCCAACAACGUAUGCGAGGAUUUCUGCGAAGUAAUAGUCGACGACGCGGGACAUUGGCUGGCGCAGGAGAAGCCGCAGGAGGUGGUUGAUGCUCUUGCGGCGUUCAUACAUUGGCAGUAA